GUCUGGGCCGGCUGCAUCUCAGCUUCGGCGAGCGAGAAAGUGGGACUGCUUGCUAGGACUCGCUGCUGCUGCUCCUCCUGCCCCACCCCCUCCCAACCGCAUGCGUACACCGCAAGUCGGUUCUCUCUUUACCUGCCACCACCUAGCAUCGACAUCGUCAUCCUCCUCCUCGCCCCACCUUACCCACUUCGUCCCUUGCAUCGAUUCGCUUGCGGAGCUUAAGCAUUGUCCCAUUGACGUGGUCCACUUGGUCCAACCUAGUCAUUCGGCAUUGGGCGAGCCAGGAACAGAUGCGACAGACGCCCAGUUGCAGUCUGAUGGCACCUCUCUUUGCCCUAAUCUCAUCCACUCCUCCGAGACAUUCGUCUCACCUUUACCAUACACGAGACCAACUUGUUUACACUUUCCAACCACACCACCCUACCAGCACUAUCUGCUACCUCGAUUCACCUCCCCGCCAUACCGAUAGCAUCUGAGUUCUUCGCCAAACCUUCUCCUCGGCCCCAACUCGAGAGCUUGAGAGCGAAAGAGUCCUAGCAGGGCAGGCGCUUCCUCUU